AUGCUUAGCAUAAGUUGGAUAAGCCAUGAGCUUGGUUCCUAUCAAAGUUUGAUGAAAGAUAUCGUAUUCUCGCUAUUCUCCCCUUCCACCUCGACAGCAUUCUCCACGACUACUGCCUAUGAAAAUUGGGACGAUAUUUUGUACAAAUCGAAGCGAAUCUCAAAAUUGUCGAUCAAGAAAAAUGAGGAUGUCAAGGAUUUCACAGUGCUGGAUGUAAUUGAAAGAGCAGACUAUCCCCUCGUCGACGUUGAGCUUCUGCUUAGACUUAAUCAGCCUACAACAUCUGAAGAGGACGCCUCAACUACCUCUGAUAUUACUCCCACUCCUGUGCUAGCAAGACAGUUUUUCAGGAAUCAAGUUUACAGGAGGCUAACCUCAUUCAUGUCGAUUUGUGGACAUUCCCUGAUUCGUUUCCGUCUGGAAACCGAUCCAUCCAAUUCAAUCGAAUAUCUACGAAAGGGAUCGAAUGUGCAUCUGAUCUAUGCCCAUGACAAUGAUUCACUACUUCAACAACAGCUAAUCAUACCAAUUUUCUAUGCAAUCAAUGCAGGUGGCGCACCUCCUUCGACUGUAACUCUGCGUAUUGGAUGGCGUGAAAAGCCCGUGAUUGCACUUCAAACAGCAUUCCAUGUAGCUUUACCGAGAAACCAUCGUUCUCAACUUCAAGUACUGAAAUUAGACUUCGGCUUCAAUGUUUCCACGCUUUCUCACGAAGAAAUACAACAUAUUCUGUCGCAAUACGCUCCUUAUCUCUAUGAUACCCGACGAUUGCAGCAUCUUGUACUUGACCUGAGUUAUAGCACGUUACACGCAUCGGAAUUGGAAACGCUCUACUCGAUCAUAUCUAAUGAAUUACCUGGUACUCAUCGGAUUUCGGUUUAUACUUCUGAAUCACUGUUGAAGGCGGACUACGUCGCAAAGCAAAAACACACGAAUCGAGUUGCGUGCUCAUAG